AUGGAAAACAAUUCGGUGGUUGAUCGCAAAAAUGUAAAUUUUGACGACUGGGCAGCUUUUGAGUUUUACUUGGAACGCAAAGGAGUAGUAUCAGCAAUAACAAAUGCACUGUAUUGUUUGUUCAACGAAAAUCCUUUGCCGAAAAAUGUUAAUCAGUUUAUAUUCUGUAUUCUCGGAGGCGACACGGAACGAGAAAUAAAACGUCAGUUGAAAAAACUGAAGAGAAAAAUCGAAACGACGUCUCGUGAAAUCGAAACGGUCACCGAAGAAAUCGAACAUCUGUUACUCAUCCGGGACAACGGCCUUAAGUUCAGUGUGUACAGAGAUUUCGUGGACAGGAAACGCUUGGAAAAAUGA